AUGAAGUUGCUCUUUCAAAACCUUCUUUUUCAAUCACCUCUUGUCACUCUUUUCUCUCUUGCUAUAAUCCUUGUCUCUCUACAUUAUGGUAAUGCUGUGAAUCUACCAAACAAUGAAACAGUUCCAGCAUUCAUUGCCUUUGGUGACUCUAUAGUUGACUCAGGUAAUAACAACUACAUCAUCAACACUGUGUUCAAGUGCAACUUUCCACCUUAUGGUAAAGACUUUGGUGGUGGAAAUCAACCAACUGGAAGAUUCAGCAAUGGUUUAGUCCCUUCAGACAUCAUUGCCUCAAAAUUUGGAGUCAAGAAGCUUUUGCCAGCUUAUCUUGAUCCAAAUUUGCAACUUCAAGAUCUUCUAACAGGUGUAAGCUUUGCUUCUGGUGGUGCAGGAUAUGAUCCUCUAACUUCUAAAUCAGCAUCUGUGAUAUCAUUGUCAGAUCAAUUGAACAUGUUCAAGGAGUACAAAAAUAAGAUAAAGGAAGCAGUUGGAGAAAUGAGAAUGGAAAUGAUAAUAUCAAAGAGUGUAUACAUUAUUUGCAUAGGAAGUAAUGACAUUGCCAAUACUUAUGCUCAAACACCAUAUAGGAGAGUGAAGUAUGAUAUUCGAUCAUACACAGACUUAUUGGCUUCAUAUGCCUCAAACUUCUUGCAAGAACUAUAUGGUUUAGGAGCUAGAAGGAUUGGAGUAAUUGGUAUGCCAAAUAUAGGGUGUGUGCCCUCACAGAGAACAAUUGGAGGAGGCAUUGAAAGAGGAUGUUCAGAUUUUGAAAACCAAGCAGCAAGACUCUUCAACUCCAAAUUAGUAUCUAAAAUGGAUGCCUUUGAAAAUAAAUUUCCAGAAGCUAAGCUUGUCUACCUUGAUAUUUACACUUCAUUAUCGCAGUUAGUUCAAAACCCUGCAAAAUACGGUUUUGAAGUAGCAGAUAAAGGAUGUUGUGGAACAGGAAACAUAGAAGUAAGCAUAUUGUGCAACCAUUACAGCUCAAACAUAUGUUCAAACCCUUCAAGCUAUAUAUUCUGGGACAGUUACCAUCCCACACAAGAGGCUUAUAAUUUGCUUUGUGCUAUGGUCUUUGAUGACAAAAUCAAGGACUUCUUCUAA